AUACCAAGCGUCUCCGAUCCAAAAUUUCGUUAAUUAUGGAUGUUUCUCUGCGAUACACCAGUGUUGACUUUAGCCAAUCUCGUUCAAUGCAACUGCUAAACAGAGCCAGUAUCUUCAUCAUCUCCAGGUUAUCGUAGAAAUCUCGCAAGGAAAUGAAAACAUAGACUAAUGAUUUAUGUCUUUACAGCUGAGUUUAAAUUGGAAUUAUCUAGAUCUUUGGAAUAAAAAUCGCUAUUUUUUUUUUUCAAAUUUAAAAGAAAGACGACAUUUUAUUUGUUAUUCUCCGCUUGGUAAAAUCUAAGAGCUGAUCCUUUAAGGAAAGAAAGGCGGUUCGGCUUUUGAAGGAUUUAAUUAUACGAAUUACUUGCCCAAGGUUGUCUAAUUUACCAAUCUCGGUCGUGUGGUAUUAUCAUAAAAAAAAAAUUGCCAUCUCUUAUGAAUUUAAUCUGUCUCUCUUGACUCCUGUUCGCUUGCCGUCUUAAAACACGAAAGACCUAAGUUAAAUAAAUAAUUGUUUCCUUGGCAUUUUUUUUUCUACAUUUCACUAAGUGAUUCCUUGCCUAUGAUGGUACGAGUGAGAAGAAGACGUUUCUCGAUUCUUAAUUGAUCCGUAUGUAGUUUAUUGGCUUCCAAGGGCGGUGAUUGGCUAGUAGUACGUUUCCUGUGGCUUCAGACAUUCAUAAGAAAGAUGCUCCACCUGUCUCGUGCUAAAUGCAUUUGAAAGUGAACUGCUUAUUGCACUCAGAGCAGAGUUGGCGAAAAACGCAAGAUAUGGGAUUUGGCUGCGCUAAUUUGCAAUCCUGUCGAUGCGCACUUGUGUCGAUGUUCGCCGUCGCCGUGAACAAAUCUUUUCAUACUCUUUUGGCGACGUUCUAGAAGCCUCGAUCAAGACAUGGGCGAUGUGGCAUUGAACAGCACUGUUAACAGUACUAACUCCACUUCUUUUUUAAAGGGCUGCUUCGCUAUCAAAUGUCAUUUUACUAUGAGUGAACGCUCUGCGAUAAUUAUUUCGUUUGGGAUAACUUUCCUGGCAUCUUUUUUUGGGAAUUCCAUGGUAUGUCUUUUAAUAACAAGAACACGACGUCUGCGGAACUGUACGAACUUCUCCAUCUUCAAUCUUUGCAUCGCGGAUCUUAUGAUCACACUUGUAUGCAUACCAAUGCUCACCAUCGACUUCUACAUCGCGGAGGAAUGGCUCUUCGGGCCUUUUAUGUGCAAGACCGUAACAUUCCUUCAGAACACCGUGAUCAAUGCUUCCAUCCUCAUUCUGAUGACAAUCAGCGUGGAGAAAUUCGUGGUUGUUUGCUUUCCGUUUCAGUCACGUUACUAUCGAGGCUGGUUCCCCUACAUCAUCGCCUUCAUGUGGCUCGUCGCGAUCUCUGAUGCCUCGUACACGACUAUAUUCAAGAAGAUCCUAGUUGUGGCAGGACACAAGAAGUGCAUCCUGAGCUACCCCGGAAAGCUCGGCGACAGACAAAGGUACCUCAUAGGGCAUGCAGUCGGGUUCUUCUUUCUCCCCUUGACCAUAAUGGCUGUUCUGCACUGCAUCACGAUCUUCGUCAUACAGCAGAAGCUGUCUCAGAGGUCUCAGACGCCCACUCAAGGGGUGCAAGUUCUUCGAGUGAACGUGCGUAAGCUCCAGCGCAAGCGCAAGGCUGUGGCAAUCCUAGUCUUGAUCAUCCUCAUGUUCGUCAUUUCCUGGGGACCUUAUCUUUCUCUAGCUAUUUGGGACGCGUUUUUCCCGCCUGAACCGCAAGGAAUUGUGGAGUAUUACACCGUGCUCAAUAAGAUCUUCGUGUUAUGCCUGUGGUUGGUGUUUUUCAAUUCUGCGUGUCAUCCCGUUAUUUACUGCUUUCUGGGGAGGGAGUACCGUAUUGCUGUGAAAAACUCGUUCGCCCGUUGGUCAAAUUCGCAGUCAACGAGGAAUAAGCAGCAACCAGCGAUUCCUCUUCGCCCUUAUAACUAUAUGAGGACAUGAAAAUGUAUAAAACCACGGUUUACAUAAGUCAACAUUAUUAGAGUCGUUUUAAGGAAGAUAUGAGGCGCGAAGAGUACUUGUUUAUACGACAAGUAACCAUGCUCUUAACAUAUGAUUGGCAAACGUACAAAAAUUGCAACAUUGUCUUUAUUUUUAGAAAGUUGAGGCUCAAUGAUUUUUGCCAACUGCUCCAAGCAGCCAUGAUUUGAAAAACAAUCCAAGAACAUAAGAUAUCAGCAAUUGCGAUGCUCACCAAGGCCAAGCAUGUCGAGCGUCAGAGCAACCGCAAAGUUACAAGAGCAAGCAUUUCGAGCGGGCCUGUUACCAUUCUGUUAAGAUGGUACUCCACCAACAGCCUAGAACCAACAGGCUACUUUAUUUUUUUAUAUAUGUAAUUCAACAGAGACGCGUUUUACGAGCCUUACGACUUGAUAAGGUUGAACAAUCGCUAGCUUUACACUUACUAUGGCUGGCUGUCAAUACGCCUUAAGGCACGCCAGACGGAUGGCAAUUUCAGCUCACUUGAAAACAACAGCAAGAUGCUUCAAUUGUCACGUGGAUCUGCACAAAGGCAGAGUAAGUAAACGAAGAUUAGGCAUUCGGGUAAGACUAAGACGGAAAGACUUUACAGAGUUAAAUUAUGGGUAUUUAUCAGAACCAGCAUCGCAAAGAAAUGCGCAACGCAGAAAGAUAAGUGCUUACCUAGACAUUCUGUCUUCGCGAGAGGAAAAAGUCGCAUUUCAGUUCAUCGUUAGACGACACAAAAGCACACAGUAUUCAGAUAAAGCUGCGUUAGUGAUAAUAGCAACUCAUUGUUUCGGAAGACCGCAUUAACAGGAUGAAAACCUGCUCGUAUUAAAAGAAAAGAGAUGCGAGGAUGAUUGAGCCUUUGGGUGCCAUUGUUAAAAAGUGAAGCCCGAUGCGAAACUCCGUAAAAAAAAAAAGACGGGGGCUAGGGACAACUGGAGGAAAGUGCCCGAGAAACAAACGACCAUAGCGAAGAGGUACUCGUUGACGAGUUAUUUGAUUAAACAGAAAUUAAAGCAUCAGGUUGGAGAAACGGCGCAAGAACUAACCAUAAGGCAUGGUAAAUGUGGCGAAAAGAACCGUCGAGACUUGGCCCCGGGGAUAGUAAAAAAAAUGAGAAUCAUUAUCGAGAUAAUGCAUUAAGAUUUCAAGUAAAGGUGAAUCAUUUGCAAGGCUAUUAAUAGCAGUGCCAAACUAUAUGGUAAUAAAUAUAGCCGUACCAUAUUGUUAUAUGCCUUUUAGCAUCGACAACUUAGUUCGAGCCAGUGUGAUAUAUGGGCUGUUUCUAUACGAAUUCCGUUUGUCCGCCAAGCGCGGGGAUCAGAGUGUUUGGUGGGGGAUUGAAAGCUUAUUAAAGACAGGGAGGAGAGUGAAGGGGGUUAUAUAUCGAGCGCGAAAAGAUCUACAAAAAAAUUACUGAUUUUUAUUUGGCUACUGGCGGUGACUGACUUCAAGAAUAUAAUUAUUUUCUAGGACUUCGUGUAAUUUGACGAUGUUUUGGCUGAUUUCAUCAGCAAUCAUCAGACCUGAGGUUCGCUGUCUAAAAAAGUCCUAAAUAAACGAGUAAGCGCAGCAGUGUACUGGCUAUCAAACACGCGCGUGUGGUAAACACUUUGAAAAGAAUUGCUUACGAGUGCCUUAAGGCGGUGCCUUCAAGAUUAAGUGCUGUCGUAAGCCUACCUACGCUUCGCUACUUUUUAACAACCCCUGUUCUCGGCCAUCAUUAUGGGGGUGUGUUUUGAUAUACCAAAGGCAAAAGACGUUUAUUCAUAUUCAACUUGCAUGAUUUUAAAAGUGAUUAUAAUUCCUUUUACAAAAGACACUUACAUGGUACUUCAGACUUACUUUAAAAAAAUCACACAAUUUGCUUUAUAUACUUGAAAUGUUGACGCUCUGGCCAGAAGAAAUUCGAGUUUCUGUCUGUAUCCAAUUCCCUUUAGAAUUGUCGAGUCGGCAACAAAGAGCCAGAAACUUGAGAAAGUACAAAGUGUAUAAUAAUCCGCACGACUUGGAGAAUUCGUUUCCUCUUUCGGUUUAUUAAUAAUCAUAAAUAUAUUGGGUUUCCUCGUUUGCACGGGGAGCCAAGAAUAACACAGCAAAUUAUUUUGAACUGUCGAGAGAAAAUGAUAUUGUGUUUGAAAAUAAUUGUAGAUAGCAGACAGAAAGCUUUUGUUAGUAUUUUGCGAAUUGUAGCCGGAUAGGCUGAUGCUUUCUUAGCUGCUCUUGUAAAUAGUGAAUACAGUAUACACUUGGUUAUGUUGGAUAAAGACGGGGGUUUUCCUUAAAAGCUAACCAACAUUGAUUAUAAUCCUAUGAAUUGUAGAUAUGGUUUUGGGCAGAUGUACAUUAGCCUUUAAGCCAUUGACUUUAAACAAUAAAAGCAAUAUUCAGUCCC